UUUAAACUUGUACGUUCAUAAUAAUUGCACUUACAAAAUGACGUGCAUGUUUAAAUAUACACUUAAAUGUAAUGGUUGUUGAAAUGUUAGAUAGGUAAAUUAUUUAUCGAUAGAUUUCUCAACACAUCGUCUGGUAAGUGACUUAACUCGAAGAUAAUGGAGGACAGAAUAUUUGAGCCAUGCGUUUUUAAGCUUUUAUUUCAGCCAAUAAUACAAUUCCGUUGCUUUAGUUUUCGUUAUGCAAAAUACAAAUCGAUCGACAGAACUAUGUGCGAAUAUAAUGCGCUGUACAGUGUGGGUUACGUUGAAAUGCGUGUAACAGUAUCGUAUUAUCAUAAUUCGCAGUCUCCGUACAAAACGGUUUUGGAACAAGUUACACUCGCAUUUCCGAACAGAAACGAUUGGCAUUUGGGCCAACACAGGCUAAAAAAAUGGAUACCUGUCCCUGCGGCGGACGAUUCCAACGUGGACGACACUCGGUUGACGCACGGACGCCGUUAUGAGACACGUGUUGUGUGUUGUAUACAGUCGAUUCAAACUCAGAUACAAUGGGAGGGGGCGGCCUUAGGCCUUAGGAACUGGAAAUAUUUCAAAGAUCACCUUAAUUUUCGAUUUAUCAAUUAA